UCACAGAUCUUUAGAAAACAUCAGUGGAAUUCACGGCUUCCUCGUUUGAGCAACAGAGAAGAAGAGAGGAAGGGAAACCGAAAUGGCAUCAACUUCCGCUGUUUCAAUGGCAUUGCCAUUAACUUCCGCGAGCCACAAGAGGCAAUCACCAAGCUCUGACGCCUUCUUCAAGCCUUUGCCAGUGAGGAAGCCAUCAAAGGCGAUAACCGGGACAUCAUCAAGAGCCUAUCCAAAGCUUCAAGUUCAAGCAUCGCUGAAGGAGAAGGCUGUCACGGGAUUGACAGCCGCUGCCUUGACAGCUUCUAUGGUGAUUCCGGAGGUGGCUGAAGCAGCUGGUUCUGAUUUAUCUCCUUCCCUUAAGAACUUCUUGCUUAGCAUUGUGGCCGGAGGAGUGGUGCUUGGUGCCAUCUUUGCGGCUGUCAUUGGAGUUGCAAACUUCGACCCUGUCAAGAGAACUUGAUAGCUCGGGAAGAGGGACAAACUAUGAUUUCCAAAGAUGUUCUGUUUAUUUCUUUUGUCUUUUAUGUUUUUCAGUAAUUCUCUGUAUGUUCAUGUUCUGUUCACGUCAGUAAUCUGUAACUAUUGAACUCUAUUUUUA